AUGACUCUCACUAUCAACGACGUCGUUGCGGCCGGGCAAGCCUACUCGAACCGACACAAGAUGCCUUCCAACUCGAGCGCCAGCCGCACAGGCACCAUGGCUUCGAGGAAGACGGCUUUCCCCAAAACCCUGAUCGACAUCCACAUUGACAACCACUUCAGCUCCAAGGUCUACACGUCGGGCUCGCCGAUCUCUGGCCAUGUGACCAUCACGCCGCAGAGGGAUGUCUAUUUCGACACCUUCCAGAUCGUCCUCAUGGGCGUCACCAAGACCCGCGUCGAGGCCGUCGGCAUGCCCGUGGAAUCGACUCACAUCUUCCUCAAGAUGGCCAUGCCCAUCCCGCAAUCAGAGUACCCCGUGCCCCGGGUCUUCGAGACGGGAGUGCCGUACACCUUCCCCUUUAACUUUGUCGUCCCCUACCACCUCACCAUCUCCUCCUGCAACCACGCAACAGACUCCGGCCUGGUCCACGAGGCACACACGUGCUUGCCGCCAACUAUGGGCGACUGGCCGAAGGACGACUUGGCGCCCGAUAUGGCCCAGGUCGAGUAUUCGAUCAAGGCCAGGAUCUUCCGGGAGGGCGAGAAUCCCUCAGUCCCCAUCAAGAUCGUCGAGGAGUCGACGCCGAUCCGCAUCCUGCCGGCCUCGGCGGAGCAGCCGCCACUCAACAUCACCAAGGAGGACCGGGCCUACACGAUGAGCAAGACCAAGUCGGUGCGGAAGAAGCUCUUCUCCGGAAAGGUGGGCAAGGUGACCGCGACCGCGAUCCAGCCCGAGGCGGUGCACCUGACGCCCGACGGCCUCGCCAUCUCGGACACCACCGCCCAGGUCAUGCUCAACUUCGACCCGGUCUCCCCGGACGUCACGCCGCCCAAGGUCACGGCCAUCUCGGGCAAGAUCAUCGCCACGACGCACUACGCCUCCGGGCCGAUCACCUCCUUCCCCAACCUCGGCAGCACGUACGAGAUGGGCGGAGUCGACAGGCGGAACCAAUUCUCCACCUCGGUCAGCCUGUUCAACACGACCCUCGACAAGUUCAAGUGGACGCAGUACCUCACGCCGGAGCGGCGGGACUCGGGAUACUCUAGCGACUCGCAGUGCUCCGACGGCAACAACAACACCAACACGAACAACAAGGCAGCCAGCUCGAGCUCCCCGCUGUGCCACAGGGCGACGCUCCAGGUGCCCGUCAAGCUGCCCCUGGGCAAGAAGACCUUCAUCCCGACCUUCCACUCGUGCAUCGCGUCGCGGACCUACGCGCUGUCGCUGAGCGUCGUCGUCGGGUCGGGCUCCACGGCCACGACGCUGACGGUCACGGUGCCGCUGCAGGUCGCGGCCGAGCUCGACGGGCAGAAGGGCAUGGGCCUGCCCGACUUCGAGACGGCGGUCGAGGAGGCCCAGGCCGACGAGCACCUGCGCCCGCGGAUGCUGUCGCUGCCCGCGGUGGAGUUCCAGCACAGCGGGGACCUUCCUGGGUAUGCGAGCCUCGUCGGGGCGCAGCGGCGGAGGGCGACGGCGAACUGA